AUCGUCGGCAAUGUGUGGCAGCCGUCAUUCGUUAUAAGUUCUGCCCACGUUCCAAACGCAUUGCAUACCUUGCCCGUGAUCGUAGCGGCAACAACGAGUCAAUUGCUCUAAUCCCGGCUGAAAACUUAGUGAUUGUUGUUACGUGUCUCCGGCUAGUGACGAAAAUUACUGUGAAAUUAUGUGAAAUACGAAAGAAUGAAAUAAUAUCAAAUCUUGUUUUGAAAACGCGCCGAAUAUACGGUAACGGAAAAGUUUGAAACAUGUUUUGUAAACGUAUAAUAAGAAUAUCGCCGCUUCGAUGUCUUUCGUGUUGAUAACAAUCUACGCUUCGAGUCGUUAUCUUUAGGCACGGACUACAGUCGCUUUUCCAUCUACAGAUUCACAUUUCUCAAAGAGAUUUCUUGAUGCAGUGAAGGUAUGAUUCGCAUCGUCGUGUAGUGACGAUGUAAUUUAUUGAUCUACGCUGAGCAGCAGUGACGAUUGUUCAAAAUCAAAGUCAACAACGAGUUAUCAAAAUGGCUAUAGCUCGGAUUAAAUCCUUCAUUGACAGUGGCUUGAAGAGCAGCUCGCUGAAUCGAACGACCAAUCUAGAACCGGAAGUGGGAAUAAAAAUUGUCCAUUCCCCGGCGGCGAAGGCUUUAUACGUGACUGUUAUAGGCGCAAGGCACUUACCUCAGAACUUUGGCUUUACCAGAGUGAACAGUUAUGUUGUUAAGGUGAAACUUCUGCCAGGGAAGGAAAAGUUCGAAACAACCCCAAAGAACGAGUCCUGGCCGAGUUGGAACGAGGAGUUCACCUUUCCGCUGACGAAAGAAACGAAAUCAAAAUUCGGGAAGACUAAAGUAACCGAAGAGGAAAUCAGUGGGUCGAAAUUCGUCGUGGCCACAGUCUACGCUGUUCUAGAGGACAAGCCACUGAUAGCCACCGAAAAAAAGGAAUCGGAGAAUGACAAAGCCAAGGGUGAAUCUUCCAAGAAAGGAAAGAAGGAUAGUUCAGCCUUCAAGAGUAUGGCCUCGACCUCGGAUUCAUCCAAGGCCAAUGUGCUGACCCAAUUCUUUGGCAAACAAAGUGAUAAGGAAAAGACAAGCGUACCUCAGAGGAGCGCCAGGGACCGGAUCUUCGAUAAGAGACGAACCCUAGGAGCCGCUACUGUUAAAUUGGACCCAGGAGUCUUCGUUUCAAAACCCGCCAAACCAAAGCAUGCGAGCGACGUUUCCACCGGAGAAACUUGGUGGCCACUGAAACCGAUCAGCAGCGGAAUCUCCGGAGCCGAUGAAAGGCGGGAGAGCAAGAAAGGCCAGGUGGAGAUAUCAUUAUGCCAGGAGAAGGGGGACAAGGACGGAGAAAGUGGAGGCAACUUGGUAUUGUCAUUGAGCAAGCUGAGAUGCUCCUUACAUACGAUGCACGAACACGAGGCUCUGAAGGGACAACUGUAUAUAAAGAUGUCCGUAGUUGACAACGGCAUAGUCACGCAUUUUUGGAAAAGCGAUAGAUUCACGCCGACUAUCUCGACCAGCUUUUCACCUGACAAUGCAAGGGUUAUCGCAAAGAAUCCCCAGGGCGAUGUCAGUUUUGUGGUGAAAUUUGUCUCCAAAAAUAAAAUGGGUAAGAAAACCGCAAUUGGACAUUUCGUGAUAGGACCGGAUGGAGGGGGAACCUAUGGUGAACAGUGGAAACAAGCGUUGGCUAAACCUGGCCAGCAAAUCACCAAAUGGCAACCAUUCGAGUGAUAAAACUAAUGCAAAGUUCUUCACAAUACACACAGUAUUGUGUAUCUACAAUUGAAGUUCGAUUCAUUUCGCCUAUUUUAAUACUCGUGUCUCUGUGGUAACUACAUCGCAAUUUUUAUACUUGUAUCAUACAUAACAUUCUUUAUCGUCGAAACUGUGAAUAUACUAUCGGUCAAUGUGUUGUGAAAAUUUACUCGCUUCGGUCCGCUAUACAAUAACUAAUUAUACUAUUUUAUUAAUCCUACACGUCUCUCCGUAAAAUCAAGCAAUUACGUCUGUCAUAAAGUAUUAUCAAAGGUUUUACGUCGUGAGAUACGCUAAGCAUGAAAUUUGAAAAACUGUGUAGGCAAAUUUUGCUUAGCCCUACGUUAUAAGAGAAGUACAAUUAUUUUAAUAUGAUCCAAUUGGUGUAAUAGACUCGAUUAGACAUUUGUGUGAGAAUUUUUUCAUUUCAAUAUGAGAAAAUGCGUACGCAAGUAUUUAUUCGUGAAGCAAUCGAUUUAUUACAUUAUUCGCUAUUUUAUACAUUUGUACAUAUUUAUUAUACCACAAAUUUGACUGCGCCUUAUUUUAUUUAUAAACUAAUAUUAUACAUUCACUGCACAAGGUAAUAUCGUUUUUAAAACCUAUAUGUAAAAGUAUUUCUCAUUUAUGGUGUCCAAACCGUUUUUUAUUCGUCUAUUACCAUAUUUAAAAAAAUAAUGCUAACCAUGUUAACUUAUAUUAUCCUUCAAUUCUAAAACUGCACAUAGUUCAUACUGUAUAAUAAUUGGGGCAGCAAUAACUGAUUUCGAUCCAAUUAAGGCGUAACUAUUCUAAAGUGUAGGUCAAGCUCUAAGGACAUUAGCGCAAAACUGCAUUUGCUAAUUGAUAAUGAACUAAACCAUCUCAUGAGUUAUUAAAUUACCAAGUAAUCCGUCCAAUAACGACAGUGCCAUUUUAACGUGAUGUAACUAGACUAGGAUGACGAAAGAUUCUUGGUUCGUUGAACAAUUUCUGUGGUAAAUACUUCAAAUGCAGACAGCCUUUGAACUUUACCGUUUUUGGCAACUAAAUUUUUAAAGGAACACUUUUCCACAGAAAGCCUUCAAUUCGCAAGAAACGUUGUGUAUUUUCACCAUUUUCUAUAUUCCAGUCAAUUAAUUAUAUGUAAUGUUUGUAUAAAACUAUAAGUAUUAAUAAAACUACGACUUAUAUUACAUUCAAA